AUCUGGGAUGCAUCAGUUACGGGAGUGACCUCAGAUGAAAGUAUCCAAACGGCCAAGAUGAACUCUAAGGUUUUAAUCUUCUUCUGCCUCUUAGCUGCUGCACACGUAAAUGCCAGGCCAGUACCUGACGCAGAGGAAUCCGAGGAGUCCUCGGAGGAAUCCUACGAAUCCAGCGAGGCCGGUUACAGCUUCAACUGGGCCGUGAAGGACGACUCCUCCGAGAACGACUUCGGACACGAGGAAUCCCGCGACGGAGACAACACUCAGGGGUCGUACUUCAUCCACCUUCCCGACGGGCGCCUCCAGACCGUCAAGUAUUACGUCGAGGGCGACUCAGGCUACGUGGCUGAGGUCACUUACGAGGGCGAGGCCCAGUACCCCGAAACGAACGAAUCCGAAUCCGAAUCCGAGUCCGAAUCAGAGGAAUCGGACGAAUCCGAAUGGCUAAGAAAAACCUGCUGCUACAGCAGAGGCGUUGCAAAAUCGAAGGGUCACCGCAGUUUUCGUAUAAAUAAUUGGGAGACGACGAUCUGGGAUGCAUCAGUUACGGGAGUGACCUCAGACCAAAGUAUCCAAACGGCCAAGAUGAACUCUAUGGUUUUAAUCUUCUUCUGCCUCUUCGCUGCUGCAAUCAUAAAUGCGAGGCCAGUACCUAACGCAGAGGAAUCCGAGGAGUCCUCGGAGGAAUCCUACGAAUCCAGCGAGGCCCGUUACAGCUUCAACUGGGCCGUGAAGGACGACUCCUCCGAAAACGACUUCGGACACGAGGAAUCCCGCGACGGAGACGACACUCAGGGGUCGUACUUCGUCCAACUUCCCGACGGGCGCCUCCAGACCGUCAAGUAUUACGUCGAGGGCGACUCAGGCUACGUGGCUGAGGUCACUUACGAGGGCGAGGCCCAGUACCCCGAAUCGAACGAAUCCGAAUCCGAAUCCGAGUCCGAAUCAGAGGAAUCGGACGAAUCCGAACCUGACCUUGGAACCGGUUAUUUGCCCAACUUCGCCCAGCCCAUUUUAUCAACAGUGGCUAAGAAAAACCUGCUGCUACAGCAGAGGCGUUGCAAAAUCGAGGGUCACUGCAGUUUUCGUAUAAAUUGGGAGACGACGAUCUGGGAUGCAUCAGUUACGGGAGUGACCUCAGAUGAAAGUAUCCAAACAGCCGAGAUGAACUCUAAGGUUUUAAUCUUCUUCUGCCUCUUCGCUGCUGCAAUCAUAAAUGCGAGGCCAGUACCUGACGCAGAGGAAUCCGAGGAGUCCUCGGAGGAAUCCUACGAAUCCAGCGAGGCCCGUUACAGCUUUAACUGGGCCGUGAAGGACGACUCCUCCGAAAACGACUUCGGACACGAGGAAUCCCGCGACGGAGACGACACUCAGGGGUCGUACUUCGUCCAACUUCCCGACGGGCGCCUCCAGACCGUCAAGUAUUACGUCGAGGGCGACUCAGGCUAUGUGGCUGAGGUCACUUACGAGGGCGAGGCCCAGUACCCUGAAUCGAACGAAUCCGAAUCCGAAUCCGAGUCCGAAUCAGAGGAAUCGGACGAAUCCGAAAUCCUAUCCGUCUUGGGCCUGGUGGCUAUGACCAUGGUGUACGCAAGACCAGCUCCUGACGCCGAGGAAUCCGAGGAGUCCUCGGAGGAAUCUUACGAGUCCUACGAAUCCAGCGAGGCCCGUUACAGCUUCAACUGGGUCGUGAGCGACUCCUCCUCCGAAAACGACUUCGGACACGAGGAAUCCCGCGACGGAGACAACACUCAGGGGUCGUACUUCGUCCACCUUCCCGACGGGCGCCUCCAGACCGUCAAGUAUUACGUCGAGGGCGACUCAGGCUACGUGGCUGAGGUCACUUACGAGGGCGAGGCCCAGUACCCCGAAUCGAACGAAUCCGAAUCCGAGUCCGAAUCAGAGGAAUCGGACGAGUCAGACGAAGACGAAGAAUCGAACUUUAGUAUAUAUUGGGGAGAAUGUGACCAAAGCCACGUCAGUUACCGGAGUCACCUGAAGCCGAGAUUAACGAGCAAGAUGAACCCUAAGGUAGGCCUACUAUUGUUCAUGAGCCUGACUGCUUUCGCGGCAGUCAUCGCUAGGCCUAUGGCUGAACCAGAAAGCUCCGAAGAAUCCUCGGAGGAGGAAUCCUACGAAUCCAGCGAAGCCAAGUACAGUUUCAACUGGGCCGUGAAGGACGACUCCUCCGAAAACGACUUCGGACACGAGGAAUCCCGCGACGGAGACGACACUCAGGGGUCGUACUUCGUCCAUCUUCCCGACGGGCGUCUGCAGACGGUCAGGUAUUACGUCCAGGGCGACUCAGGUUACGUGGCUGAGGUCACUUACGAGGGCGAGGCCCAGUACCCCGAAUCGAACGAAUCCGAAUCCGAGUCCGAGUCAGAGGAAUCGGAUGAGUCAGACGAAUCCGAGAAGCAGCAGAAGAUCCAAAAGGGCAAGGCCCUCUGUUGGUGGUUGGCUGCAUACUUCGUGUGGGAUAAACGAACCUCAUUGCAGUACCCCACCUACUACAGGAGAAGCAUCAUUCCUGUGGCUGCUGACGUCAUGCUUACAGCAAGGGCAGCAAGCACCAUGAACGCAAAGAUUGUAAUGAUCGUUUUGGGUCUGGCUGCCUUUGUCGCAGCUGACAGCAGGGAGACCUACUCUUAUGCAGCCCCAAGAGCUUCAUCUGGCUCCGAGGAAUCCUACGAAUCCAGCGAGGCCCAGUACAGCUUCAACUACGCCGUGAAGGACGAGUCCUCCGAGAACGACUUCGGCCACCAGGAGACCCGCGACGGAGACAACACCCAGGGAUCCUACUACGUCCAGCUCCCCGACGGCCGCCUGCAGACCGUCAAGUAUUACGUCGACGGAGACUCCGGAUAUGUGGCUGAGGUUACCUACCAGGGCGAGGCUCGAUUCCCAGACUCAGCCUCCUACGAGUCCAACGAGUCCUUCGAGGCUCCCAGAUACGCCCCACCAAGGCCCCGUUACUCCGCCCCCGACUCCAACGAGUCCAAGGCCUGGGCAAGAAAUGGGCACAAGGUUACCUAUUUCAAUAGCUCUUUUAAGAUAGAUAUAGGCCUAUCUCUUACUUUGUUAAGACCCGUAAGAGGCAGAGUCGGGGAAUCGAGCCUCUCCUUCGUAGGAGACUGCGGCAACGUAUCCGUCAUCUCCGUCGACGUGGUAGGACACCUUCUGGAGGCGGCCGUCGGGGAGGUGGACGUAGUAGGAUCCCUGGGUGUUGUCUCCUUCGCGGGCCUCCUGGUGUCCAAAGUCGUUCUCGGAAGACUCGUCUCUCACGGCCCAGUUGAAGUUACACCCAGGGAUCCUAGGAGAAGUCCCUCGAGUCCUACGAGUCCAGCGAGGCCAAGUACAACCUUUGAACUUCCGGAGAGGGAUCCUCCGAGGAGAAUUCCUUCUAAUCCUACGAGUCCAGUUAAUCUAGGAGGAGACUCGCCCUAUAUAAUGGAGGAAGGUGAGGGAAAAGACACUCAGAGAUCCUCAGAUCCUCACACAAUCAACAUGAACUCCAAGGUCCUUCUUGUUGUACUCGGCUUGGCCGCCCUUGCCUACGCCCGCCCUGGCUCCUCCGAGGAAUCCUUCGAGUCCGGAGAGGCUAAGUACAACUUCAACUGGGCCGUGAGAGACGAGUCCUCCGAGAAUGACUUUGGACAUCAGGAGGCCCGCGACGGAGACAACACCCAGGGAUCCUACUACGUCCACCUUCCCGACGGCCGCCUCCAGACCGUCAAGUACUUCGUCGACGGAGACUCCGGAUACGUGGCUGAGGUCAACUACGACGGAGAGGCUCGAUUCCCCGACUCAGCCUCCUACGAGUCCAACGAAUCCAAGGCACCUUUACGGAAGACAUAUUUACUACACUCUUUAUCACCAGGAGGAGACUCGCCCAAUAUAAUGGAGGAAGGUGAGGGAAAAGACACGCAGAGAUCCUCAGAUCCUCAGACAAUCAACAUGAACUCCAAGGUCCUUCUUGUUGUACUCGGCUUGGCUGCCCUUGCCUACGCCCGCCCUGGAUCCUCCGAGGAAUCCUUCGAGUCCGGUGAGGCCAAGUACAACUUCAACUGGGCCGUGAGAGACGAGUCCUCCGAGAACGACUUCGGACACCAGGAGGCCCGCGACGGAGACAACACCCAGGGAUCCUACUACGUCCACCUUCCCGACGGCCGCCUCCAGACCGUCAAGUACUUCGUCGACGGAGACUCCGGAUACGUGGCUGAGGUCAACUACGACGGAGAGGCUCGAUUCCCAGACUCAGCCUCCUACGAGUCCAACGAAUCCAAAUACAUAGUCACGGAUCUUUGCCAAGAGAACUGCUUAACUUUUGAGAAGCGUAUUGACAACAAGGACAAGGCACAGAGAUCCUCAGAUACUCCUGCAGUCAACAUGAACUCCAAGGUCCUUCUCGUUGUCUUGGGCUUGGCCGCCCUCGCCUACGCCCGCCCUGGAUCCUCCGAGGAGAGGUCCUUCGAAUCCUUCGAGUCCGGCGAGGCCAAGUACGACUUCAACUGGGCCGUGAGAGACGAGUCCUCCGAAAACGACUUCGGACACCAGGAGGCCCGCGACGGAGACAACACCCAGGGAUCCUACUACGUCCGCCUUCCCGACGGCCGCCUCCAGACCGUCAAGUACUUCGUCGAAGGAGACUCCGGAUACGUGGCUGAGGUCAACUAUGACGGAGAGGCUCGAUUCCCUGACUCAGCCUCCUACGAGUCCAACGAAUCCAACCACGUAUCCGGAGUCUCCGUCGACGAAGUACUUGACGGUCUGGAGGCGGCCGUCGGGAAGGCGGACGUAGUAGGAUCCCUGGGUGUUGUCUCCGUCGCGGGCCUCCUGGUGUCCGAAGUCGUUCUCGGAGGACUCGUCUCUCACGGCCCAGUUGAAGUCGUACUUGGCCUCGCCGGAUUCGAAGGAUUCGAAGGACCUCUCCUCGGAGGACCCCUGGAUGGGCGAGCCUCCUCCUCCUCGUCAGUUGACCUCAGCCACGUAUCCGGAGUCUCCGUCGACGAAGUACUUGACGGUCUGGAGGCGGCCGUCGGGAAGGUGGACGUAGUAGGAUCCCUGGGUGUUGUCUCCGUCGCGGGCCUCCUGGUGACCGAAGUCGUUCUCGGAGGACUCGUCUCUCACGGCCCAGUUGAAGUCGUACUUGGCCUCGCCGGACUCGAAGGAUUCGAAGGACCUCUCCUCGGAGGACCCCUGGAGGGUCAAGAAGGGAACUUUGACCUCAGCCACGUAUCCGGAGUCUCCGUCGACGAAGUACUUGACGGUCUGGAGGCGGCCGUCAGGAAGGCGGACAUAGUAGGAUCCCUGUGUGUUGUCUCCGUCGCGGGCUUCCUGGUGUCCGAAGUCGUUCUCGGAGGACUCAUCUCUCACGGCCCAGUUGAAGUUGUACUUGGCUUCGCCGGACUCGAAGGAUUCGAAGGAUCUCUCCUCGGAGGAUCCCUGGAGGGGCGAGUCACCUCCUCUUCGUCAGGCAGGAAGUGUAAAAACGAGGCGCACUGGAAAUAUGGAUGGCCACGCCUACCCCAGGAAGCUAGUAGCUUUAUAAGGGCAAGGGACGAAGGCUUCAAGCACAAGAGAUCAGUAGAUACUCCUACCAACAGCAUCAUGAAUUCAAAGGUCUGCCUCGUGGUCUUGGCUCUGGCCGCCAUCGCCUAUGCUGCCCCCGGUGGAUCCUCCGAGGAACACUCAUUCGAAUCCGGAGAAGCCAAGUACGACUUCAACUGGGCCGUGAGGGACGAGUCCUCCGAGAACGACUUCGGACACCAGGAGGCCCGCGACGGAGACAACACCCAGGGAUCCUACUACGUCCGCCUUCCCGACGGCCGCCUCCAGACCGUCAAGUACUUCGUCGACGGAGACUCCGGAUACGUAGCUGAGGUCAACUACGACGGAGAGGCUAGAUUCCCAGACUCAGCCUCCUACGAGUCCAACGAAUCCAAAUAAGUGAACGACCACUAAGUGGCAAUGAAUAUUCUCAUUCAUAUCUUUUCUGCUAAAUUAUUGGUACAAUAUUUAUGAUUUCAUGCAAUAAAUCGAAAUAAAUCAAUAA